GGGAGAUGAAGGAGCAGCUGGCGACUCUACAGGACAGUGAGAAGGGUCAUACGGAGGCUUUACAGCUACUGCAGAGGCAGCUCACUGAAACCAAGUCAUCAGCAAAGAGUCUUCGUGCCACGAUUGGCGAGGCAUUUGAGCGACUUCAGCGUUUUCUCCGGGAGCGGCAGAAGAGCAUGCUGGAGGAACUGGAGGCGGAUACGGCGCGAACACUCACUGACAUAGAACACAAGAUCCAGCGCUACAGCCAGCAGCUCCGCGACGUUAAAGAGGGCAUCCAGAUCCUGCAGGAGCGACUCAGUGAAACUAGCCGUCACGAAUUCCUGGAGGGAAUCGCCCUGACGUCGGACAGGGAGCAAGUGAUUCGUGGAGGGUAUUGCUGGUGGAAGCUACCAAGAAUAAAGGGAAAAAUCCACGAAACCAACCUCACCUAUGAAGACUUCCCCACAUCCAAGUACAUGGGGCCCUUACAGUAUACGAUCUGGAAGUCUCUUUUCUUGGAUAUUUCACCAGUGCCUGCUGCAUUAACCAUGGACCCCAGCACUGCUCACCAGCGGCUCAUCUUAUCAGACGACUGCACCAUCGUGGCGUAUGGCAACCUGCACCCACAGCCCUUGCAGGAUUCACCGCGCCGAUUCGACGUGGAGGUGUCCGUUCUGGGCGAUGAAGGCUUCUCCGGAGGCGUCCACUACUGGGAGGUAAUGGUGUCCGAAAAAACCCAGUGGAUGAUUGGUGUGGCCAACGAAACGGUCAACCGCAAGGGCAGCAUUCAAAUUCAGCCCAGCCGAGGCUUCUACUGCAUCGUGAUGCAUGACGGUAAUCAAUACAGCGCAUGCACAGAGCCCUGGACGCGCCUCAACGUCAAGAGCAAACUGGAAAAAGUGGGCGUCUACUUAGACUAUCCUAAAGGCUUGCUGGUUUUCUACAACGCUGACGACAUGUCCUGGCUGUACACGUACAGAGAGAAGUUUCCAGCCAAACUCUUCCCAUACUUCAGCCCCGGUCAAAGUCACGCCAACGGCAAAAACGUGCAGCCCUUGCGAAUAAACACAGUGCGUUUAUAAAAGCCGAUUCAGCACAAAGGUUUUAAGGAAGGAAACUGCAAAAAAAAAAAAACCUAGGGUGUAUGAUACAGUUUCUUUCUUUCGGGCAUGGACAUGAAGCCAUCUGACUGAUGGAUUGUGACGUGAAGCUCCGCCGGUUGCUAAAUAAAUUGGAGAGCUUUGCACUUUUCUGAGAGGUUGCCUGUGGGCGUUUUUGUACAUUUUAUUGUUGCUGGUCAUUUGUAAUCUUGCCGUGGCCGGUCUGCUCGCUCAAGAUUUCCCAGCUGCUUGUACACAAUGUCCCAUCAGCCCCUGCAGGGUCUGAACGCUCUUUCAAGGCUGCGUUCUGGGAGUGGGGAAAAAAAGAGCUUAUCUGUUGUGCAGAAAUAAGAAAUGUUGCCCGUUCCGUUUCGUGCAAUUGGCUUUGGUGUGUUUGUGGAGUGUCGUAGUCGACACUGAAAUACUGCAGUACCAAACUUCUUGCUUUGUUUAUGAUUUCUUCCUGCCUGCAUGAACGGUGAGUGGAGUAUUGUGUUGCUCAGGUCGUGCUUCUUCACGAUGGUGACGGUUGUGUGUUUCCGUGUGUGUGAAUGAGAUUGAAGACAGAGGGGCUUGAAUUCCUGCUAACGCAUUUGCUGCUAUUAUGAAAAAGGGGGUGAGAAGUUUGCGCGUUUGUACAUAUCGUAGUACAGGUGACAGCUUUGGCUUUGCUAUAUUGGUAAAA